AUGAAGAAGGAUCUCAAGCUCAUCUCAGGGACUCAAGCUCAACUCAGGGACUCCAGCUCAUUUCAGGGACUCCAGCUCAACUCAGGGACUCAAGCUCAACUCAGGGACUCAAGCUCAACUCAGGGACUCAAGCUCAACUCAGGGACUCAAGCUCAACUCAGGGACUCAAGCUCAACUCAGGGACUCAAGCUCAACUCAGGAACUGAAGCUCAACUCAGGGACUCAAGCUCAACUCAGGGACUGAAGCUCAACUCAGGGAAUCAAGCUCAACUCAGGGACUCAAGCUCAACUCAGGAACUGAAGCUCAACUCAGGGACUCAAGCUCAACUCAGGGACUCAAGCUCAACUCAGGGACUCAAGCUCAACUCAGGGACUCAAGCUCAACUCAGGGACUCAAGCUCAACUCAGGGACUCAAGCUCAACUCAGGACUCAAGCUCAACUCAGGGACUCAAGCUCAACUCAGGGACUCAAGCUCAACUCAGGGACUCAAGCUCAACUCAGGGACUCAAGCUCAACUCAGGGACUCAAGCUCAUCUCAGGGACUCCAGCUCAUCUCAGGGACUCCAGCUCAUCUCAGGGACUCCAGCUCAUCUCAGGGACUCAAGCUCAACUCAGGGACUCAAGCUCAACUCAGGGACUCAAGCUCAACUCAGGGACUCAAGCUCAACUCAGGGACUCAAGCUCAACUCAGGGACUCAAGCUCAACUCAGGGACUCAAGCUCAACUCAGGGACUCAAGCUCAACUCAGGGACUCAAGCUCAACUCAGGGACUCAAGCUCAACUCAGGGACUCAAGCUCAACUCAGGGACUCAAGCUCAACUCAGGGACUCAAGCUCAACUCAGGGACUCAAGCUCAACUCAGGGACUCAAGCUCAACUCAGGGACUCAAGCUCAACUCAGGGACUCAAGCUCAACUCAGGGACUCAAGCUCAACUCAGGGACUCAAGCUCAACUCAGGGACUCAAGCUCAACUCAGGGACUCAAGCUCAACUCAGGGACUCAAGCUCAACUCAGGACUCAAGCUCAACUCAGGGACUCAAGCUCACUCAGGGACUCAAGCUCAACUCAGGGACUCAAGCUCAUCUCAGGGACUCAAGCUCAUCUCAGGGACUCCAGCUCAUCUCAGGGACUCAAGCUCAUCUCACGGACUCAAGCUCAUCUCAGGGACUCAAGCUCAUCUCAGGGACUCCAGCUCAACUCAGGGACUCGAGCUCAACUCAGGGACUCAAGCUCAACUCAGGGACUCAAGCUCAACUCAGGGACUCAAGCUCAACUCAGGGACUCAAGCUCAACUCAGGGACUCAAGCUCAACUCAGGGACUCAAGCUCAACUCAGGGACUCAAGCUCAACUCAGGGACUCAAGCUCAUCUCAGGGACUCAAGCUCAUCUCAGGGACUCCAGCUCAUCUCAGGGACUCCAGCUCAUCUCAGGGACUCAAGCUCAUCUCAGGGACUCAAGCUCAUCUCAGGGACUCCAGCUCAACUCAGGGACUCGAGCUCAACUCAGGGACUCGAGCUCAACUCAGGGACUCGAGCUCAACUCAGGGACUCGAGCUCAACUCAGGGACUCGAGCUCAACUCAGGGACUCGAGCUCAACUCAGGGACUCGAGCUCAACUCAGGGACUCGAGCUCAACUCAGGGACUCAAGCUCAACUCAGGGACUCAAGCUCAUCUCAGGGACUCAACCUCAUCUCAGGGACUGA